AUGACAAAGAUGAAGAAACUGCUACUAAAAAGUAUUUCUUGCUGUUCGUUUCGCUUUGAGGCUUUCACUUCCUGUGGCCCCAAUGGUAUAUCUAUCUAUCUAUCUAUCUAUCUAUCUAUCUAUCUAUCUAUCUAUCUAAAUAAUGUCUUCAUUCUUUCUUACCCGAUAUAUUCUUUCUUUCUUUCUUUCUUUCUUUCUUUCUUUCUUUCUUUAUAUGUCUAUUCUUUCUUUCUUUCGCUGUAUGUCUCUAUUUGUUCUUUCUUUCUUUCAUUCAUUCGCAGAAUUCUGUAUCUUUCUUUUUUUCUUUCUUUUUUCUUUCACAGAAUGUCUCUAUUCUUUCAUUAUUCUUUUUUCUUUCUUUCGCUAAAUGUCUCUACUCUUUCUUUCUUUCUUUCUUUCUUUCUUUCUUUCUUUCUUUCUUUCUUUCUUUCCCAACAUGUCUCCUUUCUUUCUAAAUGUGUCUCUAUUCUUUCUUUCUUCCUUUCUUUCUUCUUUAUUUCUUUCGCAAUAUGCAACAAUAUUGUUAAUUUUAUUAAUAUUGUUUCUCUCUUUUUAAAAUGUCGCUAUCUUUUCUUUCUUUCUUUCUUUCUUUCUUUCUUUCUUUAUUUCUUUCUUUAUUUAUUUCUUGAUAUAUCCUCAUCAUUCUUCCUUUCUUUCUUUUCCCUUUCUUUCUUUCUUUUCCCUUUCUUUCUUUCUUUUCCCUUUCUUUCUUUCUUUCUUUCUUUUCCCUUUCUUUCUUUCUUUUCCCUUUCUUUCUUUCUUUCUUUCUCAAUAUAUACUUAUCUUUCUUUCUUUCUUUCUUUUUUAAUAUAUCCUCAUAUUCAUUUCUUUCUUUUUUCUUAA